GCAAAUGCUACUUUUUGCAAGCAAAAAGUUUGUCCGCGUAAUGUGUAUAAUUUAAUUGGACGAUUUCCUAAUUGGAAAAAGAAACUUUCGUUACAACGUCAUGUGGGGAGGGCUCUGUAUUUUGAACCAGAGGUAAAGAGAUAUGUAUUUACAAUCGGAGCUAUUUCCGCGCGUAAUUGAAUAUAGACAAGAGUUCCCACAAAAGCAACAUAAACGUUGGUCAAAAGCCUCAAGACAUUUUGAUUGGAUAUGUUUUUAUUCCCUUCAUGAAUAAAUGGCACAAAGUUUGUUUAAUGGUCAAGUUAUGAGAUAAGUGACUAAUUGUUUAUCUUCUUACUUUCCAGUUUAUCCGAAUGCUGACAGGCAACAGGGAAAUGAACAAUUUGGUGGAGGACUUGCUUUACAAGUGUGGCAAGUCUCAGAACUCACCGCUCUCAACGCCCACGGGCGAGUGCCCAUGGCAAGUUUUCGAAUCAAUCUUUGAAGCUGUAGAGAAAGUACUCGAGAAACAGAGAUCUACACAAAAGUAUGCUGCAAGUUCGGAGACUUUCAGUUUCGAAAAAUUUAUGAGCGAAGAGCGAAAAAUAGACGAAUUUAAACAAUGGAUGGUCCAGGCGUCCAAUAACAACUGUGGGUUGAAUAAAUAUAUUGACUUAGAGUUGAAUACAGAGAAGUCAGUAGGACUUGUGACUUGUUCUGAAAUACAACAGGAUGAGAAAGUUUUGACAAUUCCGAGAAAGUGUUUGAUAGUCGACGAAUGCAACGAGACGCCUGAAUUAGAAAGUUCGAGCGAUGAAACAAAAAACAUUUUGAAAAGUUUGUUUAGUUCGAGCAAAAACUUGUUUACUGAAGUUCCCUCUUUGCGAUUAACGAUGGUGCUCCUAUUCGAAUUGUUCGAAAAUGGUUCUAAGUCGAAUUGGUUUCAUUAUAUAAAUGUUUUACCAAGAAACUACUCUAUGCUGCUGUACUUUAGCAAGUCUACAUUCAAAAGUCUUCACGCUGGAAGUGCAUGCGGAGAAUUAGUGCUGAGCUUGUUCAGAAAUAUAUCACGACAGUAUUGUCUGAUUUUCAAAAAUUUAGAAAAAUUAGCACCCCAAUCAAACCUGGCAAAUAGUUUUUCAUUCGAAGCUUUCCGUUGGGCUGUUUGCACUGUAAUGUCCCGACAGAAUAAACUUCCCUUGAAAAAGUUCUCCAACGGCGUUGCGAGGGAACAAGACGAACUAGCUUUGAUCCCGUUGUGGGAUUUAGCCAAUCACAAGCAGUCCCACAUGACUACAUUUUACAAUUCGGAAACGGAUUGUGUCGAAUGUUUGGCUACUGAAAAGUUAGAAUUAGGAGCCAAUUUUGAAAUCCAUUAUGGAAACAGAACAAAUUCCAGCUUCAUGAUUUAUCAAGGUUUCGUUCCAGAUAAUAACAUUCACAACCAAGUUAGUAUCACUCUAGGAAUCAGUUCCAGUGAUGUUUUGUGCCGCACGAAAAGCCAGAUUUUACUGGAUCAUCAGAUACCAUCCUGUGGAAAAUUCAGUCUCUACACAGCUUACCAUGAAAUUCCAUUCACUAGAGAUCUGCUUAUAUUUCUGCGUGUUUUCAAUCUAGACAAGGACGACCUUGGUCUUGUGAUGAUUCAGAAAGAGUUGGCUGGAAAAAGAUUGUUGGGAAAUUUGAUGUGGGCUGUUUCGCAGUCGCACGAGGCCAAAACGUGGAAGUUUUUAUCAACAAGGUGCUUACUGCUUCAGAUGAAAGCGAAAAAGUCAGUGUCUCAAACUCAGUCGACUGUAGAAGACGAAAGCGUUUCAGACACUGCUAAAAGAGAGGCCAACUUAGUUUUGAAGCUGUUGCAAUCAGAAUUAGAGGUGUUCGAAAAUGUGCAGAAAUUCGCAGAGCGGAUGUUAAAAACUGUGCAAUCAGAGCCAGCUGCUUUCACUUUUUUGGACUCAUAGUUAUAUGAUUUCAAAGUUGAACCAAAGCAUCUGUACUUAGUGUCUAACCAUAAAGCGUUAAGUUCUUCAAUCAGUCAGAACACUGUACAAUUUUCCAUUUUCUGAAAAUUGCUCGCUGUUUGAAUUCCAUGUGCAUUUUCUUUUCUUUUGCUAGUUCUUGCAUUUAAAUGUGAAGUCAGAUUUAUUUGGCAAAAUGAAAUAUUAAAAAAAGGGAUUUUAGUGCUCAGAAGAUCAGAAACAUUGUAGGUCAGUUUUUUUGAAAAAUUUGCCCGCGAAGCAGAAAAUUUUAUAAAAUAAGGUUUUAUGAUCCUUUAGGGAGAGCUCAAGAAAUUGACAAAGCGGCAUUAUUGUUGUUGGAAAUCCAACCCACCGCUAGAAAAUCCCUGAUCUGCGCCUCCUGAAAUCAGUUUUUCAGUAAAUUUCAUAUAUUUUACUUUUCAUUUAAAGUGCAAAAUCUAAAACUAGCUUGCCUUACAUUUGUGCAUUAAUAUUUGCAUGUGAUUGGUUCUUUAAUUUAUCAUCUUGUUCAAGUUGUCGCUGUCAAAAAAUUUAGUUU